AUGACUACUAAAGCAGUGCAUCUAGAACUUGUAACUGACUUGACAACAGAAGCAUUCAUCGCAGCGCUCACUAGAUUUAUUAGUCGUCGAGGAAUUUGUUCUCACAUCUACUGUGACUGUGGCACCAAUUUCAAGGGUGCUGCUAAUGAAUUAAACCGUAUCACACAGCACACCAUCGCUUCUUCAGAUGCACGUGAUAAAUUACAAAGCCACUUUGCUCCAUCAGACAUCAGGUUUCAUUUCAAUCCUCCUUGUGCCCCUAAUUUCGGUGGCCUAUGGGAAAGAACAGUUCAAAGCGUUAAACGACACCUAGUUAGAGUUAUUGAUAAAACCAUCCUCACACUUCCUGAAAUGAUGACAUUAUUAACGCAGAUUGAGGCAAUUCUUAAUUCAAGACCUCUUACACCUCUCUCGACCGAUCCUCAAGAACUAGAUGUACUUACUCCAGGACAUUUCUUGACAGGUGCACCAUUAGUUUCCAUCCCUGAACCACGUCUACUCGAUGUGUCACCCAAUCGACUUUCACGUUGGCAACAAGUGCAACAAUUUUCACAACAUCUAUGGAAACGAUGGAGCCUAGAAUAUUUGCAUCAUCUCCAGCAACGUCACAAGUGGACAAAAUCGACUGCAAACAUCAAGAUUGGUGAUCUAGUUCUCCUGAAAACCUCAACUCUACCAUGCCAUUGGCCAACCGGCCGUAUCAGUGAAUUACUUCCUGGGAAAGACAACAUUGUCCGUGUGGUAAAAGUCAAGACCACUGAUGGAGAAUACAUUCGCCCAGUGUCCCAAGUCUAUCCAAUGCCAAUGAGUGACACCAACUUUGGUUGA